AGUGGUAUUCAAAAACCCGCAUCGGAUCGAGGCAACAGCUUAAGAUCGACGAUCGCCAAAGCGACGACCAUUCAGUUCUUCAACGAAUUUCGCGAGGAUCGGUGGUUGCGCUCUCUGUAGAGAAAAAUGUUUCGGUUAGGCAAGCAAAGUUUUACCAAGUUUAAAGACCAGCUCAGUGGUCAGCGAUCGUUGGUGGGAAGGAUUAGCAGUGAACUGUCCAAGCGUAGUUUGUCGUCAGGAUCGGCCUUACCGGAAAGUGCGGAUGUCGUCAUUAUCGGAGGCGGAUCAGCUGGAUGCAAUACGCUGUAUCAGCUAACGAAGCGAGGCAUACGUGCCGUAUUGCUGGAGCAGGCCAAGCUCACAGCGGGCACCACAUGGCAUACGGCAGGCUUGGUGUGGCGCUUACGCCCAAAUGACGUGGAGAUCAAGCUACUGGCAGCGACCAGAAACCUGUUGAUGAGCCUGGAAGAAGAGACCGGGUACAAUUCGGGAUGGAUCAACAACGGUGGCCUGUUCAUCUCGCACUCGGACGAACGCUUGGAUGAAUACAAGCGGUUGGCUACGCUCGGCAAGUGCUUCGGCAUUGAAAGUGAGAUCCUGACACCGCAUGAAGCCCAAAAGGUGUUCCCACUACUCGACCCAGCGGCCUUCACGGGAGCUUUGUACUCACCGGGAGAUGGCGUCGUAGAUCCAGCUAUGAUGUGCACAGCGCUUACUAAGGCAGCCUUGGCAAACGGAGGAACCGUAGUGGAGGACUGCACGGCCACCAAGAUCGUAACGGGAGAGAACCUGCUGGGUGUCAAAGAUGUCCGAGGCAUCGUUACCAACAAGGGAACCAUCCGUACCAAUACGGUUGUGAACGCCACAGGCGUUUGGGGAAGGGACCUCAUCGAACCGCUGGGCGUCCAUCUACCUCUGAUCCCGAUGAAGCAUGCGUACGUCAUCUCGGAAACGAUGGAAGGCGUCCACCAAAUGCUGCCCAACAUCCGCGAUCACGACUAUUCGAUAUACUUCCGCAUUCAAGGCAAGUCCAUCUGCAUGGGAGGUUACGAGAACAACCCUGUCCUGCUGGAUCGAGUCCCCAACGACUUCCACUUCGGUUUGUACGACCUGGAUUACUCCGUGUUCGACACUCACAUCCAGGGUGCGGUGAAGCUUUGCCCUGAAUUCGGCACCGCUGGAAUCAAGAGUACAAUCUGCGGACCGGAAUCCUUCACGCCUGAUCACAAGCCGUUGAUGGGGCCGGAUCCCCUGAUCAAUGGGUUGUUCCACAACUGCGGCUUCAACUCGGCCGGUAUGAUGCUGGGCGCCGGAUGUGCCGAACAGCUCGCUCAGUGGAUCAUCCACGACAGACCGGACCUGCACAUGUUUGCGUACGAUGUCCGACGGUUUUCUCCGAAACAGAAGAAAGCCGUCAACUGGGCCACCGAGAGAAGCCACGAGGCGUACGCCAAGAACUACAGCAUUGUGUUCCCGCACGAUGAACCGCUCGCCGGUCGGAACUUCACCGUAGAUCCGUUCCACAAGCAAAUGAUCCAACACGGAGCGGUUAUGGAGGAACGGCACGGUUGGGAACGGCCAGGAUACUUCCUCCCGGAAGACACCGUGGUGGUCCAAUCGUACGAUUGGUACGGAUACUAUGACUAUCCGAAGAAUACCAACACCAACUACGAGGAAACUCUGAAGAAGGACUACACCUUCGGAUUCCCGGAGCAUCACGAUUUGAUUGGAGAGGAGGCACUGACUUGCCGUCAAGAAGCGGCUAUGUUUAACCUUAGUUACUUUAGCAAGUUGUUCCUGACUGGUAGCCAGGCCAAGGAAGCCGUUGAGUGGAUCUUUGCCGGUGAUUUGAACAAACCUAUCAACAAAACCGUCUAUACUUGCGCGUUGAACAAACGCGGUGGCGUUGAGACCGAUGUGACCAUCAGCGUUGUGGAAUCAGGCCAAGGCGAACUCCACGAUCCAAUCUUCAAGGGACGAGGCUACUACAUUGUGGCUGGUGGUGCUUCGGCGUACCACACCAAGUCGCACAUUUGGGCAGCGAUCCAGGAGAAGGCCCUGCGUGCCGUCGUUACCGAUCACACCGAAGAGCUGGGCGUACUCUCGGUCCAGGGACCGAAGAGCCGCGAGAUCAUCCAGAAGAUCACCGAUUUCGAUCUGAGCGACGAGGAGAAACUGCCACCCAACUCCACUGCCAUUCUGAGCAUCCAGAUCAAUCCGUUCUACAAGUGCAACGUACGAAUCUUGCGGGUUAGCUUCGUCGGAGAACUGGGCUACGAGUUGCACAUUCCGGAGGAGAGUUGUAAUGACGUGUACAACGCGCUGAUGAAGGCCGGUUACAAGGAAGGUCUGAGGAAUGCCGGAUAUCGUGCACUGUACUCGUUGAGCAGCGAGAAGGGCUACCAUCUGUGGGGAUACGAUUUGCGAUCGGAUGAUACGCCGGUGGAGGCAAAUUUGGGAUUCACCUGUAGGAAGCGUGGCGACUACCAGGGACGGGCUGCCAUCGAUAGGCAGCUGGAGAAUGGAGUGAGCAAACGGUUGGCGUUCUUCACGCUGAACGAACAGGUUCCCAUCUGGGGCUUGGAGGCGGUGUAUCGUAACGGAGAAAUCGUCGGACACCUCCGGCGAGGCGAAUAUGGCUACACCCUGCAGAAGCCCAUCGGACAGGCCUACAUUACCCGGAAGGAUGGCGACUACGUCACCAAUGAGUACAUAAAGAGCGGACAUUACCAGAUUGAAAUCAUGGGCAAGCUUCAUGAAGCUCAGUGUCACCUCAGGAGCCCAUUCGAUCCGAAGGGCGAGCGGAUAUUAGGAAUUUAUAAAUAAAUUUUAACUAGUUUUACAACAUUUUUA